AUGGGCAACGGCGCAAAGGCUCAGCAGAAGCGUGAUCGCAACGCCAAGGACGCGAAGCCCAAGGGCUCCCAGCUCAAGGUGAACGCCGCGGCCAAGGACAUCCAGUGCCAGAUCUGCAAGGCCACCUUCCUCAAGACCACCAAGGCUCCCGCUCUGACCGAGCAUGCCGAGAACAAGCACAGCAAGGGACUCCCCGACUGCUUUCCCGCUUUCGCUGCCGCAUAA